GACUUUGGCCAUUGGGCAUUAAGCUCGGGGUGUAGGAGGCACGCGGUUAGGGACUCUUUUUCAUGGCGGAGGCCUCCGCCGUUUGGAGACGCAUCAAGCCAGGGGGAGGUGCUGCGCGUCCAAGAUGGCGGCGCCCUGUAGGCUGGAGGGACUGUGAGGUAAACAGCUGAGGGGGAGUAGACGGUGGUAACCAUGAAAGACACCAGGCUGACAGCACUGGAAACUGAUGCACCAACUGUCCUCAGAACAGUCUGGUAGUGGCCCUAAUGAAGAGCUGUCCAAGCCUUUAGCACACGUCCUGGAGCCUGCACAGCAUAGUUGAGUGAGAGAAUGGCCCAGCUAGCCAACAUCGGGGAACUACUCUCCAUGCUGGACUCUCCCACACUGGGCGUGCGGGAUGACGUGACAACCAUCUUUAAGGAGUCCCUCAAUUCUGAACGUGGGCCUAUGCUUGUGAACACCUUGGUGGAUUACUAUCUGGAAACAAAUUCUCAGCCGGUAUUGCACAUCUUGACCACCUUGCAAGAGCCACAUGAUAAGCACCUCUUGGAUAAAAUUAAUGAGUAUGUAGGCAAAGCCGCCACCCGUUUAUCUAUCCUCUCGCUGCUGGGGCAUGUUGUGAGACUACAGCCAUCUUGGAAGCAUAAGCUCUCUCAAGCACCUCUUCUGCCUUCUUUAUUGAAAUGUCUCAAGAUGGACACUGAUGUUGUGGUCCUCACAACUGGUGUCUUAGUGUUGAUCACCAUGCUACCGAUGAUCCCACAAUCAGGGAAGCAGCAUCUUCUUGAUUUCUUUGACAUCUUUGGCCGUCUCUCGUCAUGGUGUCUGAAGAAACCAGGCCAUGUGACAGAAGUCUACCUUGUCCAUCUCCAUGCCAGUGUUUAUGCCCUCUUUCAUCGCCUCUAUGGAAUGUACCCUUGUAACUUUGUCUCCUUCCUGCGCUCUCACUAUAGUAUGAAGGAAAACGUGGAGACUUUUGAAGAAGUUGUCAAGCCUAUGAUGGAGCAUGUGCGAAUUCAUCCGGAAUUAGUGACUGGAUCCAAGGACCAUGAACUGGACCCUCGAAGGUGGAAGACAUUAGAAACUCAUGAUGUUGUAAUAGAGUGUGCCAAAAUCUCUCUGGACCCUACAGAAGCCUCGUAUGAAGACGGCUAUUCUGUGUCUCACCAGCUCUCUGCCUGCCUCCCUCACCGUUCAGCUGAUGUCACCACCAGCCCUUAUGUAGACACACAGAAUAGCUAUGGGGGCGCUACUUCCACCCCUUCCUCCACUUCUCGACUGAUGUUGUUCAGUCCAGCUGGGCAGCUACCUCAGAGUCUGAGUUCCCCAUCAACACGGCUGUUACCUGAGCCGCUGCAAGCUACUCUCUGGAGCCCAUCUAUGGUUUGUGGUAUGACCACUCCUCCUACGUCUCCUGGAAAUGUCCCACCUGAUUUGUCACACCCCUACAGUAAAGCCUUUGGGACCACGGGUGGAAAAGGAACUCCUUUGGGAACCCCGGCAACCUCUCCUCCUCCAGCCCCGCCCUGUCCCCCAGAUGACUGUGUACAUGGGCCAGCCUCCCAGGCCACAGCCGCACCCACCAGGAAGGAAGAAAGAGCAGAUUCCUCAAGGCCUCACCUGCAGAGACAGCAGUAUCCUCUAAAUGACCGAGGACUAGAGGAUUUGCCUCCAAGCAAAUCCGUUACUCUGGGGAAUCUACCAUAUUUCCUAGGUGACCUGGCUUCUGAGGAAGACAGUAUUGAGAAAGAUAAGGAAGAAGCUGCGAUAUCUAAAGAACUUUCUGAGAUCACCACUGCAGAGGCGGAUCCUGUAGUUCCUCGAGGGGGCUUUGACUCUCCCUUCUACCGAGACAGUCUCUCUGGUUCUCAGCGGAAGACUCAUUGGACAGCCUCUGGGACUCAGGGCUCCAGCGUCAACCCUGAGACUUUGCACUCCUCUCUGGACAAACAUGGGCCUGACACACCAAAGCAAGCCUUUACUCCUAUAGACCCACCCUCUGGCAGUGCUGAUGCCAGUCCCGCUGGGGACAGAGAUCGCCAGACUUCUCUGGAAACCAGUAUCCUCACUCCCAGCCCUUGCAAAAUUCCACCUCAGAGAGGAGUGAGCUUUGGAAGUGGUCAGCCUCCCCCAUAUGAUCAUCUCUUUGAGGUGGCCUUGCCAAAGACUGCCUGUCACUUUGUCAGCAAGAAGACUGAGGAGCUGCUGAAGAAAGUGAAAGGAAACCCUGAGGAAGACUGUGCGCCCUCUACCUCCCCAAUGGAAGUACUGGACAGACUGAUAGAGCAGGGAGCAGAUGCGCACAGCAAGGAGCUGAGCAAGUUGUCCUUACCCAGCAAAUCUGUUGACUGGACCCACUUUGGAGGCUCUCCUCCCUCAGAUGAGAUCCGCACCCUCCGAGAUCAGUUGCUUUUACUGCACAACCAGCUGCUGUAUGAGCGGUUCAAGCGGCAGCAGCACGCCCUCAGGAACAGAAGGCUCCUGCGCAAGGUGAUCAGGGCAGCCGCUCUGGAGGAGCACAACGCAGCCAUGAAAGAUCAGUUGAAGUUACAAGAGGAAGACAUCAAGAUGUGGAAGGUGAGUCUUCAGAAAGAACAAACUCGAUACAGUCAGCUUCAGGAACAGCAUGACACCAUGGUGACCCAACUGCACAGCCAGAUCAGACAGCUGCAGCAUGACCGGGAAGAAUUCUACAACCAGAGCCAGGAGUUACAGACAAAACUGGAGGACUGCAGGAACAUGAUUGCAGAGCUACGGGCGGAGCUGAAGAAGGCCAACUACAAGGUGUGCCACACUGAGCUGCUGCUCAGCCAGGUUUCUCAGAAGCUCUCCAAUAGUGAGUCGGUGCAGCAGCAGAUGGAGUUCUUGAAUAGGCAGCUUCUGGUACUCGGGGAGGUCAAUGAGCUGUACUUGGAGCAGCUGCAAAGCAAGCAUCCUGACACCACCAAGGAAGUAGAAAUGAUGAAAACUGCAUAUCGGAAAGAACUAGAAAAGAACAGAAGCCAUCUUCUCCAGCAGAACCAGAGGCUGGAGGCCUCACAGAAGCGAGUGGUGGAACUGGAAUCUCUUCUGGCCAAGAAAGACCACCUUCUCCUAGAACAGAAGAAAUACCUUGAGGAUGUCAAGAGCCAGGCGAGUGGACAGCUGCAGGCUGCAGAGAACAGGUAUGAGGCUCAGAAGAAGAUCACCCGGGUGUUGGAACUGGAGAUUCUAGACUUGUACGGCAGGUUGGAGAAAGAUGGCCGCCUAAGGAAACUAGAAGAGGACAAAGCAGAAACAGCAGAAGCAGCAGAAGAGAGGCUUGACUGUUGUAGUGACGGCUGCUCAGAUUCCUUGAUAGGGCAUAAUGAAGAGGCUUCUGGCCACAACGGUGAGACCAGGACCUCCAGGCCUAGUGGUACCCGGGUCAGCUGUGGAGGCAGAAGCACUGGAGGCAGCAGCAGCAGCAGCAGUGAGCUUUCCACUCCAGAGAAACCCCCGAGCCAGAGGUUCAGCAGCCGCUGGGAAACCACUGUGGGUGAGCCCUCCAGCAGCAUCCCCACUGUUGGCUCACUUCCCAGUUCCAAAAGCUUCCUGGGCAUGAAGGCCCGGGAACUGUUCCGUAAUAAGAGUGAGAGCCAGUGUGAUGAGGACGGUGUGACCAGCAGUAGCCUUUCUGAGACACUAAAGACGGAACUGGGCAAAGACUCAGGUGUGGAAAACAAGACUCCCUUUAAUCUAGAAGCCUCACACCCAUCUUCCCCAAACUCGGACAGUGUGGGGCAGCUCCACAUCAUGGACUACAAUGAGACUCAUCACGAGCACAGCUGAGGGGGUCUGUCAGUGUUAAUUUGCGUCUUUGUCAGCACAGAUCAGGAGGUGUGAAUGCACGUUCUAGGCUUUUCUGUUUCCAGGGUCUGAGCGGCUGCUUGUGCAGUGGGAAUGGGACAGAGGUCCUUUUGACAGCUGGCGGAAUAUGAGAUGAUGGUUUUUGGGUCUGGCAUUGAGAUGCUUUCCUUCACCCCACCCCAGCCUCUUUCAUUUACCUAGCAGUAUGUACUAAUUGAGGGCCUGUGUGUGUCCCUUGUAGCUUUAUUUUCUUCCUUCCUCCCACCAAAUGGUUGUGUCCUUUGAACCUGUGCAAUAUGAGGCCAAAUUUCAUCUUUGGGUCCAACACACCACUCUGCUUUCCUGAGGUGCAGAUAGAUAGGUGGCUCUUGGGUAGACCAGGCAGUUAGUGGCACUGCAGGUAAAUCCAGUUUUGUCCCUUCCAAGAGGAUGUAGCCUACAAAGUAAAUUGUCUUUACAGGAGCGUUUCCGCUGCUCUUUUAGAUGCUGAAGUUUGACAUCUAAAGCCACAGAUGUAGAGAAACUGACUCAUUCACCUCUGCCUUCUUUCAGAAGCUUGGAUAUGCUUCCUAGAAGGUUCUGCGAGAAUACCAGUUGUUCUGAUAGUGUAGUUGGCGCUGUGGAGGCCACACUGCCUUACUCUCUGGAAAGCUCUUACCCUUCUCCCCCACUACCUCUUAUUUAUUUGGUAUUUGCUUGAAUGUUGGCACCAUGCUGCCUGUGGGUGGUUGUGUAGGUGGUCGUUCUGCAGUCCGCAGAUCGUGGGGAGUGGUCACUAGGAGAGGCACCCAGGAUACUCGUGCACAUGUGGAAGUGUGCCUUUGGCUGGCCCCAUCCAGCUGAGCCAUGGUUCCACCCUUCAGUCUGUUUGCCUCUCCUCGUCCACGUCUCUGAUUACCAGCUGCUUUGUGAUUCUGCAGCAGACAGGCUCAGAAGAGUCAGAAUUUCCUUAGAGUUUAUGUGACGAUUGUUCUCGGCUGGGAAUGCCUCACUAUAGUAGGUUCUAGCAGCUUUUUUACACCAAUUCUGACUUUGCAGGAGAGAGUCCCCCUGGAGCUUCAUGUCAAACACCUCUGUUGGGAACAAGAGCGACUCAGAGUCUGGGAGGGUUGAUGGAGGUUGGUAGCCUGUACCACUACCUUCCCUCAUGCUCAUGAGAGGUGACUCGUGUUCCAUCAGAACAAGGUGGUGGCAGAGAGCCCAAGCUUGACCAAUGCUCCUGAAAUAAAUGCUGGAAGUGUAAGAGUUGUUGCCUGAUAUUCUGGACCAGGCAAGGAGACACUUGGGAAGGAGCCAAGAGCUUGGUUUUCUUGUUUCUAUUCUAUCUAGUGUAUAAAGAACAGAAGGGUUUAGCUACAACAAAGGUAAAAGAAAACUAAUGGUAUGAAAUUUUAUUGCAUAUGGAAGUUUCCAGCCUGAGGAUGAACGUCUUUUUUAAAGUGUCGCAGUAAUUAUCCUAGAUUGCCUGAUUAAGGUGAGACUCGUCACCAUGGCAGUACUGGCUGGAGACCUGUUAGGGCCAUAUCUUUGCCAUAGCUAGCCCACAGAAAGACAACGCCACUGACUAUUCUCAGACCAGCAGAGGGCAGCAAUUGCCCCUUGACGAUAAUGCCAUGCUUUUCAUUUAGGUCUGCCCAGAGGAAGGCUGAAAACCUAUGUUCUCUCACCUGAUCCAUUGUAGAAAAGGGCAGAUGAACAGACUGGGAAAAAGAUCUCACAGUUAAUGGGGAAACACUGCUCCUAAGAACCCUCCUUCCUCCGCCACCACAUACACACAAGAUCUGUGCCAGAGAACCAAGCCUUUUUCCAGUAGAAAGAAAACUUACAGACUGCACAAGUGCUGAAGUUGAGGGAGAGGAGACAGCAGCAUGGUAGACUGAGGUACAGGCUGGAGCUCUGUACCCAGUGACGGAACCUGAGCAUCCUGUGUGGCUUGAGUUCUAGAAGGCUGUUGAGGCAUUUUCUUUUCCAACUAAGGUUGGGAGACUGACCAGAAAUCAUCUUGAAGGCACCCAGUCUAAACAUUUACUCUUUCCAAAGGAUUUGAGAAUCUGUGGGUGGAAGCUUCUGCUUAGAGGACAGUGACAGAGCAUCCAGGGAUCAGUGGGUCACCUGAUGCUGCUGCAGUCAGGAGGGAAACUUCUGAAAGGCAGCUGUGGUGUAGGGCAAGGUAUGGAGCAGUAGGUGUCAUGGGCAGCCUGGUAUGUGUGAAUGCUGAACUUGAAUGACUCCAUCCUUAAAUCACUUGGAGUCUGUGCUGUGGUUGUCAAUGGGACCCAGGGAGACUGGAGACUAUGUCUCCUGCAGUCUGGAAUCUGUUAAAAGCAGCAGUACAAUGCCACUGGAGUGGAGGAGCAGGUCAGUGCCUGGGAGAGGAACUAAGCACGCAUCUGUCUAACAUUCCUCCCUGACGUCCAUAAGAACUUGCUUUAGGAGCAAGAGCAACAUGACCGUGAACAUGAGGGGCAGGCUCUAAAUGGCAUCUCCGGAGCAGGCAGCACAGCUGCCAGGGGCGAAUGCUGACCUUGAUAGCUUUGUUGACCCUUUCAGGAGGAAAGUCUAUUCAAUCUUCUGGACUAAGCUGCAGAAGCUUCUAACUAUUUGUGACAUGGUUAGCAGGGAGUCACUCUUCUUAGAAGGCAAACUCAAAACCCAGGAAAAGUCCUGGAAGCCACAGGUGGUUAAAAAAAAACCUCCCCAAGCUGCUCUGGCCAGUGACCAGUGCCUCCCUGGGUGGUGGUGGCACAUCAAGUGACAAGACUCAGGGCCACUUGCAGCAUCUGUGGGCUCUAGUGCUCUGAGGAGAAUGAGAGAAUGUUAGCAGUUGAGUGGUUGAAGAUGAAAAGACCUGAGAGCAGAGCACAGAGCUCAGGCUGACAGGGUAGAAAUCGAGCCAUGUGUAGUGUGGUGUGAGACCAGCCAGUAGGGACCUACCACUUGAAGCCAGAAAGAACUAAAGAACAAACAGAAGUACUGUAGUAAGGUGCUCGUCUUCCCGAGCAGUAAAGGUGGGAGACACUGGGUGAGCUGGCAGAGGUGUAGGCAUUGCACGGCUCGGCUGGCAGCACAUAUGGAGUCUGCCUCGGCCAGAGGCCAGUGGUCCUGCACACUGUGACUCAAAUGACAGCCUGCAUCUGCUGCACCUUCACCCCAAGGCUGUAAAUCCACUGCUGUGUACACUGGAAAAUACAUCCAGUGUGAGGGUGUUUGUGUCCUUGUAUACAUCCAGAGAUCUGUGGCAUGUGCCUCCAUCCUCCCUUUAUCCCCACCUGCUCCCUACCCCCAGUUUGCUGCAGUCACUGAUUGCCUUGGGUUUAGCCUAUCUGUGUAGGUAAAAAUGGGAACUGGCCCUUGAGCUGCUGCCCUGACCCACGUUCCCAUUCAGCGUCCCAAUCUGUGAGCUCCUGGUGUGCCCAGGGGAGCAGUGUUUCUGAUCUCACCCGUGUGUUUAAAUGCGCUGUAGAGAAGCAGCUGCAGCUACAUUGGAAACUGCACCCUGACCACUUUGGGUCUCAGAAUGAAAUUAAUGGGGGCCAAGAAGUGCCCUGCCCUUCCCAGAGCCCCAGUAUUGUCCUCCUCUGGAUAAGCGGGCUGACUGAGCCACUGGAGCUGGUCUUUGACUAGACUGAUUGCUCUCCCUGCCCCACCUCACAGUGUUGAAAGGGAGGUCAUGAUGGUGUGUGUUAGCUCUCUGUCAGGUCAGAGGCAGGCAGGCGUCUUUGCACUAGGAAGAUUCAGUGGUCACCCUUCAUGAGACUGGACCACAAAACACAUUAUGGAGGAGCAGGUUUUGCUAAGACAUAAUUUAGUUUUAUAAUCAAUCAUGGAUUAACCAUAUAUGGCUAACUUGGAGUUUAAGGGUGGGGGGAGUUCCCAUCAGUGAAAAAAAUCAGAUUUUUAAAAAUUUUUUGGUUCAAUGGAAGUCACCUCUUCUCAAAAGGUUUAAACUUUCCCACUAUGACCUUAAGAGCAUGUCAAACAAUCCGCAUCGGAUGCCAUAAAUACAGGUUACAGGAGAACAUGGUACAGUCUCAGUGAUUGGAAUCAAAGGUUUGCUGUCCUUAGAAUGUUCUGAAAUGUCAAGGCAGUUGCUUGUGUUUAACUGUGAACAAAUAAAGAUUUAUUGUUUUGCACUC